AUGGAGGAGCCGGGGGGCGGCGCCGAGUGGCGCCUGGCGCUGUGGACGCUGUGCUCGGUGCUGCUGCCGGUGCUGGUCACGCUGUGGUGCAGCCUGCAGCGGGCCCGGCGGCAGCUGCUCAUCCGCGACAUCUUCCGCAGCAGCAAGCACGACUGGCGCUACACGGACCUCUUCGGGCAGCCCUCGUACUGCUGCGUGUGCGGCCAGCCCGUGCUGCGCGGCGCCUUCUGCCGCUGCUGCGGGCGCCGCGCCGGCGAGGGCUGCCUCAAGCGCGCCGAGCGCCGCUUCCCCUGCAAGGAGACGCUCGCCCGCGGCGGCCGGGCCCCCGCCGCCAUGCCCCACCACUGGAUCCGGGGCAACGUCCCGCUCUGCAGCUACUGCCUGGUGUGCCGGCAGCAGUGCGGCACCCAGCCCAAGCUCUGCGACUACAGAUGUGUGUGGUGUCAGCAUACUGUACAUGAUGAAUGCAUGCAGAAUUCUCUAAAGAAUGAGGAGUGUACAUUUGGAGAAUUCAGAGACUUGAUUAUUCCACCGUAUUACUUAUCUGCUGUCAACCAGAUGCGUAAAGACAAAAGAACUGAUUAUGAAAAGAUUGUACCUUACUGCAGAAAACACUGGAUCCCAAUAAUCAUACUGGCUAAUACUCGUAGUGGAAACAACAUGGGUGAAACCUUAUUAGGAGAAUUUAAAAUUCUACUGAAUCCUGUUCAGGUUUUUGAUCUAAGCAAAAUUACACCUGCUAAAGCACUCCAGCUUUGUACCUUGCUGCCUUGUAAUGCUGUCAGGGUCCUUGUCUGUGGUGGGGAUGGCACAGUGGGCUGGGUCCUAGAUGCAAUUGAUGAAAUGAAGAUAAAGGGGCAAGAACGCUAUAUUCCACAAGUUGCAAUCUUACCUCUAGGAACAGGCAAUGAUCUGUCUAAUACACUGGGCUGGGGUGCAGGCUAUGCUGGAGAAGUUCCUGUAGAACAAAUCUUACGAAAUGUCAUGGAAGCAGAUGGAGUCAAGCUAGACAGAUGGAAGGUUCAGGUAACAAACAAAGGAUACUACAAUUUAAGGAAACCAAAGGUGUUCACAAUGAACAACUACUUUUCUGUAGGACCUGAUGCUCUUAUGGCUUUAAAUUUCCAUGCUCAUCGUGAGAAGACUCCCUCUCUGUUUUCCAGCAGAAUUAUUAAUAAGGCUGUUUACUUUUUCUAUGGAACCAAAGACUGUUUAGUACAAGAAUGUAAAGAUCUCAACAAAAAGGUUGAGCUAGAGUUGGAUGGUGAGAGAAUCGAGUUGCCCAACUUGGAAGGCAUCAUAGUUCUGAACAUUGGAUACUGGGGAGGUGGCUGUAGACUCUGGGAAGGAAUGGGUGAUGAACCUUAUCCUUUGGCAAGGCAUGAUGAUGGAUUGCUGGAAGUUGUUGGAGUUCAUGGUUCUUUCCACUGUGCCCAGAUACAGGUGAAACUAGCAAAUCCUGUUCGUCUAGGGCAGGCACAUACAGUGAGGCUGAUUUUGAAGAGUUCAAAGAUGCCAAUGCAGGUGGAUGGUGAACCAUGGGCUCAGGGGCCUUGCACUGUUACCAUAACUCAUAAGACGCAUGCACUGAUGUUGUAUCAUUCUGGUGAACAAACAGAUGACGACGCUUCCAGUGUGUCCGAGCAAGAGCACAUGAGAGAGCAGACAGAUGAAGAUGUAUAGAUUUUGGAGGACUCAAUGUAACACAGUGAUAAACUGAAGUUUGUUUAAAAACACUGAGAACAUUUAAUCUAGAUGAAGGCUUAUGCUGUAAGGUUCAUGCUUGUGAACAAACUAGAUUGAGGAAAAAGCCAUGCUUUCACAUUCAUGAAAUCUUUCACAGCUCAAUUACUGUAACUAUUCUGCCUUCUUGAUUGGUGGUGCCCAGCCCUUCCCGCUGGAGGAGUUAGUUACUCCAAUAGCAGGAGAAGGGCAGAUACUGCAGCCUUUCCCUGCUGUGCUAGCAGAUGUCGUCACAUGCACGGUAUAGUGUGCAAAAGGCUUUUUACUCCCAGAAAGGGGAGCACGUGGGAGCUUGGCCUGCUUCCACCUGCCCUUUUUUCCCAGGAACAGCUCUAGAACAGAAAAGCAGACCAAAUAGGAUAUGGGUUGAUUUUUCUAGCAGAACUGUUCCUGGCUGCCAUUUUUUCUGGGGGAGUGGGAAAUGCUUUUCUGAGCACCUGCUUGUGCAGUACAUAUCUAGCGCUCUUGACAGGAAGAGUGGAAGAUCUGGGGAUCUUCUGGGAAGGAGGUAAGCAAGGAAGGUGUUUUUAGAGAAGUUGUUUCUGGAAAUGGUCUGUUAGCCAGUGACUCUUUCAAUGGCUGUGUGAGACAAAGCAGAGUCUCCUGAGGUCCUCAGUACCCAAGAAACAGCAUCAAAAUAAUUCUACCAUGACUUGCACUGAAUGGUCUUAUGGCUAACUGCUUCAGUGAAGUAAGGGGUUAAUUACAGCAGUAUGUCUUAGUUCUUGAGUAGGCUUGUUGGAGACCAUGGACAAGGGAACUGUCUUUUUAGAUGUGUAUAGCAGGGCUUUAAAUUAUGAAGAUCAGCAGUGUUUCUAAAAGACUCGUAAAAAUCUUGGUAGUUAGCUGAAAAUGAUACAGCAAGUUAGUCUGUUAACCGUGUCAGUUUUAAGUGGAGGUUCAGAGCUAAGCUUGCAGAGGUUAGCAGGUUUUAGCCUUACUGCGUUAAACUUGGUUGUGAGGGGGGAACCCACGCACAGAAACACUUGUUUUCUGAUUAAGUCUGCAUUUUCCAUAUGAAUAGAUGGCCGCAAAAAAAAGUUGAUGGCCUAUGUUGAUGAUAAACAUUAAGAACGCAUGCAACAGUACACACAAACUGUCAGUUUGAUGUAUCUGAAGCUUCUCAGGUUAAAAGCUUCUCAGGUGAAAACAUCUUCAUUAUUAACAGAUGAAAAGAUCGUCUUUUUUCCCCCUGUUUUAGGUGUUUUAAGCCUGCAGCAGCUUAGAGCUAUGAGUUAAACUUUAAAUUUUGUCACUGAGUGAUUCAUUCAAGCCCAGUGGAUUUUUUGAAAGUGAUCUCCAAGUAGCAAGUGGAUUUAUGUUGAAUGUACACUGCAUAAGCUAAGGACAGUAAGAGAAUUUGAGGGGCCUUGAUCUGAACAUGGAAUAUUACUGCUUUUUUCAAAACUCCUGAGUUUUCCUUUUUAUUUUUUUAUUAAUCUUUAUGCUAACAAAGCAAUGCCAUUGGGUAAAUUAGGAUGUGUUUCUAGGUUUUGUAAAAUGAAACUGUUUUACAAUAAUCUAUAAAACAAAAAAUUUGCAUUUACAAUGAAUUAACUAUUUACAUUUUAAAAUAACUUAUUGAAGCCUUGACAAAGUCAGUAUUUUUAAAACCUUCCAUUGAAAUCCUCUUUGGAGAGCAUUUUUAACUCAAUGGUAUUUGUUAUAUGUGCUAGAUCUUAAAUACUACUGAUUAUCAGUGAAUUUAUAGAUAUCUGAAAAUGUGAUCAGUGUAACAAACUGUAAAGCAGAAGCCAUUUGUAAAUUACAUGUUCAUUAGCCAUAUAAAGCUCACUUUAUUUUAUAAUAUGUGAAUAUGGAGAACAUGAAUAGUUAAAUAUAUAAGUAUUUAAAAUGCCCUGAAACAUGCGAUAUUGAA